CCAAAACUUUGUUCCCCUGGUUUCUUGGAACACAGAUGUUUCAACCCGCUCACCUCCACGCACAACCACAAAUUCCACUUUGUCUACAAUGACGAGUUUAUCUGUCGCCUCCUCAUCUCCACGCACCGUGACAACAACUACUGUCACGCCUUCAACAGUCACCCUCAUACCUGCACUCACCUCAACAAGCAGCAUCUCAAAGUCCCCAAAUCCAACGACCAAUUUAAACCCCCCGGCUGGUAAUGUAUUCCACCUGAUUGAAUUGGGAACCUUAGCGUUGCAUUCAGCAUCAUAUUGCUGCUUUAUGCAUUAUAUCAAGACAGUAAGUAUUUCUCUAUUUGAAGGUGACCUUCAGCAUGCUCUCCAUCUUACAGACACUGCUCCUCCUGCAAACACCUCUCUCCCACCCUCACCUGCACCCAACGCUACCAAGCAAAUGAACCCUCAAGCAAACACCACUCAACCCAAGCCUCCAAUCAUCACUCCUGCAGCCUCAGGUCCUCAACCUCAACAGUGUUCUUACAUUGUCACACACAUCCUGUCUGGCUUCAUGGUCAACGUGUCAAUGGAUCCUACAACCACCAACUACACCAUCAACUUAAAAGAAACGGGCCAAACAAUCAAAACCAUCAAUCCGACCUUCAAUCAGAGCUUUCAUGAAAUCAAACACCUGAAGCCGUGUACUGAAUAUGUACUCAAUCUGACAUUUACUGACAGUACUGGCCAAGAAAAGCCUUGUGGAGCUGAAAGUACAAACACGACCCUCGGAAUGAGUGAAUAUGACGUUCAAAAUGGCACCUGCAUGUCUGGAUACGUUUGUUACCGGAGUGAAUGGGACAGCUCAUCUCUGUCAACAUCAUAUAACAUUCCAGCUGAGCAAUGCAAAAGUGACAAUAAGACGUUCUGCAUCAAACCUCGUUACAACGACAUAUGCACAGAUUUAACUACAACCUUCCCUUCAGAAAACUGUCUGACUUCCUUUAAUCUCACCAGAAGCAUCACUGUUGAUUUCUUGAAUUCAUUUGAAAUAAAUCAGACGGCUUCAACUAAACUUCCAGCACAAAUUGAACCAAAAUUACCUCCAAGCUGCAUCGAUCUCACCGUUGGUUACACCUGUCAUGAAGUUGGUGAAUCCAACACCAAGAACCUGUCUGACCUGAAGCCUUUCACCGACUACAGCUGCACGGGUCAGGUUCAGAACGGCAACGUCACCCUGAAAAACACGGCCGCUGUCAGCUUCAGGGUUGACUGUGAUUUUACAUUAAACGCCAAAGUGAUUUCUUCCACCAACACGUCCAUUAAGUUGAGCUGGAACACCAGCAGUGAGAACUGUGGAGACGUCCUUAAGAAUCUUUCUUAUGUCUGCAGUUGUUCUCACAAAGAACGUACUCCAAAAGGAAAACAUACAGCUGACUUGAAGGGAUCAGUAGGAACAUGUGAUGUUAGAGGACUGGAGCCGUUCACUCAGUAUCACUGUGAGGUCCAAACCAAAUACGACGGGACACUCAGACCAACGACAGGAAAUACGAUUACACCAAAAACUGAUUUUGGAAGACCAGAAGAAGUUACAUCCCUGCACGUGAAACGGACAGAUAAUAACCGGAUAUCAGUAACUUGUAAUUCUGAGAAACAUUCUAAUGGGCUUCUGAAGAAAUACACUGCAACUCUCUCUAACGAUGGGGCCAAGCCCAAGACGCUUAACAGCAACGAAUGCAAGUUUGAAUUCAAAGAUCUGAGCUACUCAACGGAAUACACAGUGGAGGUGAUUUUUUGCAAUGAGAAAUUUUGCAGCAAACCCAAGAAGGAUUCUGCUCAAACUUCCUACAACAUUGGUCGUCCGAUCAUCUUCGUUGUCACCAUCCUCAUCUUCUCUGUGGCCUUGGCUGUGGCUCUCUACAAGAUCAUCCAGAGCAGAACGUCCAGAAGUGAAGAUGGGACGCUUGAACUAAAUGCCAUUUAUGAGAAUGUCCCUCGAUCUGACGACAUACGCCCAACGGAACCUCCCACCGAGUCCUCCGUGUAAAAUUGUUGUUUUUCUUUGAAUCUUGGUUGCUAGCAUUUGGUGUGUGUGUUAAGGUAAAGAUGAGGAUAAUGUGUUGCUUGACAGUGCUCCAACAUGAGACUUUAAAGCAAUCUAGAGUUUAUGGAACGGUGUCAAUUUUAAGUGGCAGCAUAUUUAAAAUCAUGUGUGUGUACCAGCUUUAUGUCAUUGAGAUCUAAUUGCAUCUGUUUGCAGUUCAUGGUAUAAGUAGUGUUUUGUCUUAUCAGCUAUGUUCUAUUAUGAUUUGAAAAAUUUAAAACCGCAUCUGACAGCCUUUGUAUUAAAUACUUGUAAGCGUUUUAAUGUAAAACACAUAAAAUCUUUUUUUUUUGUCUAAAGAAAUGAGCACUGUUUGGGUUUUCUUCCAUAUAGAUGAGAAAUGCAGCCGCCUCUAGUACAAAUCUGGAGAAUACUUAUCGUAGCCACGAGUAUCCCAUAAUCUAUUGGCUUGAGUCGUUAAAAGUGCAAUAAGGGGUGCCAUCAUAUUCACAGGGUCUCUAUGUUCAGAUCGCCUGCUACGAUGUUCCUUUAUCAGUCUGGAUUAUGUUGUUUAUUGCAGCCUGUUCAGAAAUAAACGUUAUUUACAUACAAGUGCCAGUUGUUGAUCAACCUGAAUUGUUCCAACUAGGCGUAAAUGAAGCUAAAACAAACACUCAACACAGAUUUGUGGUUGGUGAAAGUAGCAGCAGGCUCGUUGUGGCCUUAGAGGUUUUGUUCUUACAAAUAACUCUGGAUGUGUGAAGCUGCCACGGCUCCGCAGUUCAAACCGCAUCAACGUGAGCGGAGUGUAAUGCUGCAGUUGUUCAAAUCAAGUGUUGAGAUGUUAAAUUAUAACAGACGGAAGAAAUUGGAAAGCUUUAUUGCAUAUAGUUGGCAUACAAGGAGUUUGUGAUGAGGGUCAUUAAUUGGACAUGUAAUGUUCAGAAAACAAACAAAACAUUAAAUAGUAUUUGCAAUGUUUGAAUUCCUGCGAGGGCCUGUGGGAAAGCACACUGAGCCGAGAUAAACGGCGUCACGCGUCAUACAAAAGACAGAAACCCUCCCGAACAACAAAGGGCCAGAAUCUUAAAGUGACUUUGCACUGAACCUCCUGAGGAGGAUUAAAACAAAUUAAUUUAAUCUGGACUUUGCACUGUAUAUUGCAAGCUCAUAAUUAACUGGGCUACAGUACAUAUUACAUUCUUUCUGGGGCAUAAGUGACUCUGGUGCUUUGGUGCUGGGAAAGGAAAUGCAUGUAAAUGUCAAUAAAAACGCAUUUGCAUUUGGCAAAUCGGUGAAUACCAUCAAUGUAUUUAAGGAGUUCUGUAUAGCAAUUAAAACUUAGUACCAUGUUAAUAAAAAUGCUGGGGCUGUACAUAUGUUCUUGUUGGGAGAAUUUAGAAAUAAACAGCACCAGGGGGGGGAGAAGGAGAGUUGCUUGGGGGCAAACGGUUUUUACAAGUCUAUCAAAAUAAUAUGCUGACCAAAACAAAAUAACAUUUUACAUUUUCUUGCACAAAUACACUUGUGUUUUUCCACAUGUACACAUGUAAAUAUUCUUACAUGUGAAGUAAAUAUGUGUGCAUACAUGUACAAUCAUUUCAAUUAGUUUAUCAUCAUCAAACAGACUAUUAGCUAUCUGGUAGGAAGCUGAACUAAAGAGUGAUCAUUAAUUACUUACUAUUCCGUUCAUGUGGUCUCAUUGUUUUUUGGAAACCAGUGGUAGUUAGUGGUUUUUUUGUGACCCACUGGUGUUAACCUACACACUGUUUAACCACCGUUUCCAUCCGCGAAAUUAAUAAAGGGCCAAAAUCCUGCAAUAUCUCAAGGAACUUCUCUACAACAUGCACAGCAAAACAAAAAGAGGACCCCCGGUGCUCACCUUCACAACAACACUUAAGAACAUGUUUCAUACCAGAACACGUAUGAACUGCUUUUGUGUGCGAGUCUCUUUGGUAUCUGAGGGGAGGACAUGAGUUCGGCACGCUGUGAUGUACACGGACACGGACGGCUUAAAGAUGUGAGGCUCUGCAGACUCCUCAACAUAUUUGUUACAAAACAAGACAGAACAACUGUAAACUUACACAACAAUCAGAAAA